GUUUAUAUGGACCCUGCAUUGUUUUCAAAUUUUCAAGAUCAAUUAUAUGACUCUCUUAUAUCUGCAACAAAGGCUGUAACUGUUAUUGGAUCACAGGAUAUUAAUUUUUAUUGCUCUUUGGAUCCAUAUUUUGCUUCUUCAUUGGCUAAUUGUAAUAAGCGGUUUUUGGAUCUUAUUAAUUAUCUAGUUCAUUUAGUAUCAUCUGGAAGGUUUGGAAAGAUUGAAGAUCAUGAUGAUCUUAAUUAUAAGUGGUGGGAUAUAAUAGAUAUUAUUGAUUCUCUUUUUGAAAAAGCAGAUAUUUCUCUAGAUGAAUUUACUGAAUUUUUUAGACGUUCUGAUAAUAAAAUAGAGCAGAAUAUUCCAAAAUUUUCAAAGACUUUAAAAAAGAAAAAACAGCUUGCACAUAAGUUUAUUCAUGAGGAAAAUAUUUCAAAGCCUCAGUUUCGUUUUUCUGUUGUUCCUGAUAAUAAUCCAGAUACACCUUGGAAAAGGAAGAUUACAGUUAAGCCUAAUGCUCUUGUUCCAUUAGACGAUUGUAUAUUAGAAAGUAAUGAUAAAGGAUAUAAAACCGGCAGUUUACCUCAUCCAUAUGAAUAUGAAAUUAAUAAUAUAAGAUAUUCUGAGGAGUUGUUCAAAGAAAAAAAGCCUAUGGAUCCUGUUUCUUUUAACGACUCUAAGGCUAUAUGGGUCGAUACUGUUGAAAUUUUAAAAGAAAUGCUUAAAGAUUUAAAAAAUACAGCGGAAAUUGCUGUUGAUUUAGAGCAUCAUGAUUAUCGAUCAUAUCAAGGAUUUGUUUGUUUGAUGCAAAUUAGUACUAGAAGAGUUGAUUGGAUAGUUGAUACUUUAGAAUUGCGUGAAGAAUUGGAAAUUUUGAAUGAAGUUUUUACGGACUCUAAUAUUAUAAAGGUCUUUCAUGGUGCAUCUAUGGAUAUAAUAUGGUUGCAGAGGGACUUUGGGCUUUAUAUUGUUGGACUUUUUGAUACAUAUCAUGCAACAAAGAUCUUAGAAUUCGAAGGACAUAGUUUGGCAUUCUUAUUAAAAAAGUAUGUUAAUUUUAAUACUGACAAACGGUAUCAGUUAGCGGACUGGAGAAUACGUCCUCUACCUGAAGAAAUGCUUUCUUAUGCACGUUCGGAUACUCAUUUUUUACUUUACAUAUAUGAUCAUUUAAAAAAUGAGUUGUUAUUAAAAUCUACUUUAACUCAUAAUCUUUUGUUAUCAGUUUUUUCUGCAUCUAAUAAUGUUGCUUUAAGGAUUUUUGAAAAAGAUAAAUAUGAUGCAGAUGGAUCAGGUGUAGAUGGAUGGAAAAGUAUACUUCAAAAGUGGAGUAAUUGUUUAACAUGUGAUUUGCAAGUAUCGGUUCUUGUAGCUUUGCACAAAUGGAGAGAUAAAGUUGCUAGGCAAGAAGAUGAAAGUGUUAGAUAUGUUUUGCCGAAUCAUAUUCUGGCUCAAAUAGCUAUAAAUUGCCCGAAAGAUGCUGCUUCUAUUUUUGCUAUUUGUAAUAAUGUUCCCCCUUUAGUUCGUAUUCAUGUGGAUGAAAUUGUUAGAAUAAUUCAACUAACAAAAGAAGAUGAAUUGAAAAAGUCAUCUUUAUCAAAUAGCUCUGAAGUUAUUUCUAAAGUUCAGAAUAUAGAUAUCUCUGAUAAAUCUAUUAUAAUGGAUGAUGUCGAUUUUAUAAAUCAUGAUAAAUUGUUUGAAAAUGAUAUUGCUAAUGAAAAGCUUAUUUGUCUUGUUACUGAAACAUCCCUGUUUUGGGGUAAAACUAUUGAAAAUUGCUAUCUUAAAGAUUCAAGAUUAUCUAUUAUAGAGGGAAUAUUGAGAAAUAUGAAAUUAGUUGUAUCAUUACCUUUUUUUUCAGAAAAAAUGUUUGUGGAUAAUCGUAUAUCUAUUAAUGAUAAUAGUGAUUUAUCUAUUAAUAAUAAUAAUGAUUUAUUUAUUGAUGAGGAUAAAGUAUCUGUUAAUAAAUAUGAUGCUAUUGAUGAUAUAUCUAUAGAAAAAGAGCAAAAACAAGAUCAAAGUGAUGAUAUUAUUGUGGUUAAGAAAUUGGGAAAUAAGCAAAAACGUUUAUUUGAAAUUUCCGAAAAUAAAUCUGAAGAUGUCACUGUUAAGGAAGAUAAGGAAUUUCUGGGUGAAUUCGGCAGGAAUUUAUCACUGGAUAAUUUUCCUGGUAAUUCAAAAAAAAGGAAAAAAAGAAAAUUGAACAAAAAAGCUAAGCUAAAAGGGAAAUUUUUAAAUUAUAAUGGAGAUUCGGAACCAUAUGAUUAUGAGAAAGAUCCUUCUUUUUUUAAUCAGUUAAAUACCAAUUAUGAAUUAAGAAAUGAAAAUAUGAAACUUUUUAUGAAUACUAGUGUUAAUCAAUUUGAAAAACAAUUAGAGCGGCCGAGAUGCAAAAAUGCGCCAAGUAGUGGUCUUCGUAGCAUGGUUUUUGGGAAAUAAGAAUAUAUAUUAUAAAAAAGAAUUAUAUAUUUUUUAAUUAAAAUU